UUGAAAGGCGCCAUUUGUUCGUUGGACUGUCCGGGGGUAGGUCGAUCAUAAUCAGUUGAAUAACAAUAAAACGGAAGCGAAAACACAGGAUUCCGCACCGUAAAACUACCCCGAUCCAUCCGAAUGGAUGCGGCCAUCAACCCGUCUCUUGACAGCUCUGUGGGUCUAGGGCUGUCUGUCUUGGGCGGGAUGGAGCAGGGUUCAGGCAAGCGUAUUCGGAGACCCUCGCUGCUCUAUGAGGGCUUUGAGAGCCCGUCUCUGCCCCACGUGCCUCCAGCCGGACCCCAUCCGCCCCAGACAGACCCCAGCCGACAGGGACGCACCAAUCAGCUGCAGUUCCUCUACAAGGUCUUGGUGAAAGCAUUGUGGCGCCAUCAUUUCGCUUGGCCUUUCCAUGAACCUGUGGACGCGGUCCGACUCAACUUACCUGACUACCAUAAGAUCAUCAAACAGCCGAUGGACAUGGGCUCAAUCAAGAAACGACUGGAGAAUAACUACUACCACAGCGCCAGCGAAUGUUUGCAGGACUUCAACACCAUGUUCACCAACUGUUACAUCUACAAUAAGCCUACAGAUGACAUUGUUUUGAUGGCACAGUCUCUGGAGAAGGUCUUCUUACAGAAGGUUGCCCAGAUGCCCCAGGAAGAGAUUGAGUUGCCCCCUCCUACCCCUAAAGGCAGAGGAGCAAAGACCAUCAAAGGACGUCGAAGCAGAGGAGGAGGAAGCGUAACAUUGGCUCACCAGGUGCCUGCCGUGUCGCAGUCAGCAUACUCUCCUUCCUCUCCCGACACGCCAGAUUCCCGGUUUUCCACCCCACCACAGACUCUGCUGAGCAACAGCGGCCCUCCUCCACCGCUGAUGACCCCACCACCCACCCAACCCACCGCAAAGAAGAAGGGUGUGAAGCGUAAAGCUGACACCACCACUCCCACCACACUCGGCUUCCCCGUGACCGCAGCUGCUCGGAUGGGAGGCAUGGGAAAAGGUCACGGGUCAACUGGAGAGAUGCCCCACUCUCUGAACGACCCCACACACCUCCAGCCCGUCUUGGGGCGACCGCUGUCCCGUCGUCCAAUUAAACCUCCACGUAAGGACCUGCCCGACUCAGUGCGGCCCCAUCAGCCCUCACGCCGGGGGAAACUAAGCAAGCAGCUUCGCUACUGCAGUGGCGUACUUAAAGAACUGCUGUGCAAAAAACACGCGGCGUACGCCUGGCCCUUCUACAAACCCGUGGACACAUCGACACUGGGCCUGCACGACUACCACGACAUCAUCAAACACCCCAUGGAUCUCAGCACCAUCAAGAGGAAGAUGGAUGAGCGUGAGUACAGAGAUGCCCAGCAGUUCAGCGCUGAUGUCAGACUCAUGUUCUCCAACUGCUACAAGUACAACCCACCUGAUCACGAUGUGGUCACCAUGGCACGAAAACUGCAGGACGUGUUUGAGUUCCGCUUCGCAAAAAUGCCUGACGAGGUUUCGGAGGAGGAGGAUUUGUCUCCCAUGCCAUUAGGACGGAAGAUAGGCAUGCUGGGAAUGCACCACUCCUCCUCUUCAUCGUCCUCUUCUUCCUCUUCGUCGUCCUCUUCCUCCUCGUCGGAGAGCGAGCCGAGCAGUGACAGCGAGCCGAGCAGCGACAGCAGCCCGAGCUCAGACAGCGAGGAGGAGAGAGCUCAACGCCUGGCCCAGCUGCAGGACCAGGUGUGUACUCAGCUCAGAGCGGUACAUGAGCAGCUGGCAGCCCUCUCCUCCGGCCCGAUCGUCAAACCUAAAAGGAAACGAGAGAAAAAGAAGGACAAGAAGAAGAAAAAGAAGCCAGAGAAACACAGAGGAAGUCGAAGUCUGAUGAGUGAUGAGCGGGACAAACCUUCCAAACUGCCUAAAAGCAAAUCCAGCCAUGCUUCCCUGUCAUCUACACAGAGCAAGAAAGGCCCUGCGAGGAAAAGCAGCAAGAACAAGAACGCAAAGAAAUCCUCCUCCUCUCUUUUCUCCGCGGCUGCUGCCGUCUGCUUGCCACACUACGACUCUGAGGAGGAAGAGGACGGUCUUCCCAUGAGUUAUGACGACAAGCGGCAGCUCAGCCUGGACAUCAACAAGCUGCCCGGGGAGAAACUGGGCCGCGUGGUGCACAUUAUCCAGUCACGGGAGCCCUCGCUCCGCGACACCAACCCCGAGGAGAUCGAAAUCGAUUUUGAAACGCUGAAGCCGUCCACACUCCGUGAGCUGGAGCGAUAUGUGAUGACCUGCCUUCGCAAGAAGCCCCGCAAACCAUAUGUGAUGAAGAAGGGAGGAGGUGGGAAGAGCCGAGAGGAACUGGCUCUGGAGAAGAAGAGAGAGCUGGAGAGGAGGUUACAGGAUGUGAGCGGACAGCUGAACUCUGUCAAGAAACCCCAGAAACCCAAAGUGGAGAAGCCGAACGGCGCAGAGCCUCACACCAUAACCUCACGUCUCAGCGCCAGCAGCUCCAGCUCAGACUCCUCCUCAUCCUCCUCCUCAUCUGACACCAGUGAAGAGGACUCCAGGUGAAGAGGACUCUGGGAAGGCACAGGAAGUGGGCUCUCUGCAGCACACUGAAUCCAGGACCUAUGUUUACUAUAGUGUAAAAAACAAUGCACAUACUAUGAAGGAUUUUUUUUCUUUUAUAAAGAAGACUUUUACCAGAAUGCCC